AUGCUAAAAACAACUAUUUCAACAUCCGAUUCAAAGCAUUCCUAUUUGGAAUUUACGGAUUUGGUUGUGGCCGUCAAUUCCAAAGAAAUUCUGAAGAAUGUCUCCGGCAUUGUUUACAGUGGUGAUCUACUUGCAGUCAUGGGUCCGACAGGAUCUGGGAAGACAACCUUACUUAAUACAUUGGCAGGUAGAAUUCCAGCUGUUUCUGGGAGAGUAAAUCUAAACGGAAUGCCUUUUGACAAAGUGCUACGCCGUCGACUAGGUUACGUCAUUCAAAGUGACGUGUUUUUGCCUUCUCUGACGUUAUGGGAGACACUUUAUUUUACAGCAAUGAUCAGAAUAUCUGACAGAUUCACCAAGGCUGAAAAAUUGGAGAGGAUGAACACCAUAGUUAAGGCGCUUGGUCUUCAGAAAUGUCUACAUACAGGUAUAGGAGAUUUGAGUAUAUCAGGAAUGUCUGGAGGGGAGAAAAAGAGAGCUAGUAUUGCGUGUGAGCUGUUGACGGACCCAGAUAUUCUCCUUUUAGAUGAACCAACCUCAGGUUUAGACUCCAGCACUGCAUAUACAUUGAUGGUCCAGCUGAAAAACUACGCAACAGAGUUCAAUAAGACAAUAGUAGCCACUAUUCAUCAGCCCUCAAGUCAAGUCUUUCACAUGUUCUCCACCUUACUACUUCUUGUUGAAGGGGAGAUGGCAUAUUUUGGUCAUGCUAGUUCAGCAAUAGGUUACUGCUCUGGCCUUGGAAUAUCAUGCGGAGAGCAUUAUAAUCCAGCUGACUUUCUAUGUAAGUUAUUGGAACAGCUGGCAUCAGAUUCAAAAACAAUUGAUAUAUUGAAGGAAAAUGGGAAAACCAUUAAAAUAUAUCCUCCGGUACGCGGGAAAGGACAGGGAAGGAGAAGAUACUCGUACACAGGUGACGAAAAUGAAUUGAAACCGCUACAUGUCGACAAUGACUGGAACAAAAGCAUUCUUCAUGGAACCUGUUCACAGUUGUCCAUGUGCAGUGGUGGAGCAUUUGUUAUGGAAGAAGGAAAAGCUGUGCCUCGAUGGCCAACAUCAAUGCUUCACCAGCUGAAGAUGCUAAACUGGCGAAUAUUAAAGCAGUCUAAAGGUCAAAUAUUUAAGAAGUACUACAUAAUCCACGCCGUAUUUCUGGCGCUCGUUGUAGGGGCUGUAUACUUUCAAAUUGACAAUGUAGAAAGAACUGUGAGAGACAAAAUGGGUCUGGUGUUCUUCUCUUUGUUGCACUGGGGACUUCGGAUUAGAUUCGCUACUAUUUGGAAUUUGCAUAAGGAGACCGAUGUUAUACGUAAGGAACGGUCAGUAGGAGUCUAUCGAUUAUCGGCCUAUUAUCUGUCUAAGAUGACCACUGAGUUGCCACUAUUAUUGGUCAUUCCAACACUGUUCAACACGGCUGUUUACUGGGCUGCUGGCCUUGGAGGAGUAGAAGUAUAUUUUGCCUACUGUGGUUUUGGAAUUCUCAAUUGCCUUCUGAUACAAAGUUUGGCACACGUUAUAGGUGUCUGUAUUAAUGAUCUGACACUAAGCAUGCUUGUCAUGGACUGUUUCAACAUCGGCGGUUUGUUACUGGGUGGCUUCUUCAACAUUCAUCCACCAUCUUGGUUAGUUUGGAGUAAAUAUAUUUCACUGGUUCACUAUCCGUAUGCUGCGACUAUGAUAUAUAUGCUGAAGGAUAUGGAGAAUAUCAGGUGCAACGAGACAAGUGUUACGUCAUACCCACAAUGCAUUUUGAACAAGACAGAAAUGGUGACGACACAAGAUGUUUUGGCAGGAGUUGGUAUAGAUCUGCAUCUUCAUUGCUAUGUAUUAACUUUAAUUUUAUCUAUCAUCGGUUUUCGUAUUCUGGGUUACUUUGCAUUGAAGUGGAAAGGCAUGUAA